AUGAAUCCUCAUCUGCCGGCUGGGCAGCCCAUGCCUGGAGGUGUAGGGGGGAUGGGAAUGGGAGGGAGAGGUCCCGGUGAUAUGGGCCCCGGCCCAGGACCGCACACAGCCAACGGCCCGCGUAGGCGGCCACAAUAUGCUCACCAGCAGCACUCGUACGGCCACCACAACCACAACCAGCCCAUAUACUACCAGAACAGCCAUAUGAACCCCUACGCCAGCGCCUACUACCCCCAGGCCCCGCCUCACUACCCGGCCGCCUCCAUGCCCGGCAACCCCUACAUGCAGUACAACGCCUAUGCUGCCCGCUCGCCCCCGGCUAUGCACCAGCAGCAGUAUCCUUCAAUUGUCUCGUCGACCAUGUCACAUCCGCCCCAGCCCUACUCGAGACCGCCUCCUCAGCAGCCCUCGCCCGCCAUCUCGACACCUCCGCCCUACCACAUGGCUCAGCCGCCGCCGCCGCUGCCGAUUCCCCAGACGCCGUCCUCGACGCAUUCGUCGCAAGCGAUACAGGCGCCCCUGACCCCUCCGACACCCCAGAGCCAGGAGUCCGUACCGCCUCCUCAACCAGAGCAUGAUGUUGUACAAGCGAGCGCACCGUUCCGGCCCCCGUUGCCAUGGCUUUCGCACCCCGACCUUCCGUUCCCCGUCAAAGCCGCCAGAUCCCGCAGGAGAAGGAGAAUAAUGGCCAGCGAGACCGAGGGCGUACAGCUACCAGCCAACCAGCAGGCCGGCAUAGAAACCUUGCCCGAACCCAGUGCAGAGACGGAAGCCGAGCCCACAGCUCCCAAGACCCCUACGCUCAAGGAGCCUGUCCCCGCGCAACCUCUAUCCGCAUCCACCGAGACUCUCGAGCGGCCAGAAACGCCUUCCACCCAGGAUCUACCUUCAGAGGGCGCCCAAUCCACUUCGCCCACCACUCCAGUCUCGACGCACACAACCCAGGCUUCGAUAGCAGCGAGCAUCACCCCCACGCAGUCCUCCAAGUCCGCGUCGAAAGCUGCCGCACCGGCCGUCCCUAUUGUUCCUAUCCUUCCCAAGAGCAGCCCCAAGGACGCAAAAACCGUGUCUAGUGUGGAGCAGCCAGCCAUCGACCAGAAGCAGACGCAGCCAAGUUCAACGCCUGAUUCAGCUCUGAACGGCCAGCCAGUUGUGCCUGAUGCUGUUGCGGACGUCAAGGAUGAGCCAGCCGCAGUACCUGUCAGGGCGGCGCCGAAAUCGUGGGCGAGUCUGCUUGCAAGCAAAACAUCAGCCCCUGCUGGGGCUGCCCGCAAUUCCGCCUCUGCGUCUGCUGCCAACGGGUCAAGUGCUGCUGACGGUGCUACCGGAGAGGCAGGUAGCGGUGUGGCGGGAAGCUUUUCCAAGUCCAACGCCAGCUCGCAAGCCGAGGCUCUCCGCGCAUUCACCGUUGGCAACUCGAAACUUGCAUUUCUCGAGCCCAGAGGUUUGAUCAACACUGGGAACAUGUGUUAUAUGAAUUCAGUCCUUCAAGUUCUAAUCUUCUGCAUACCCUUUUAUGACUUCUUGGAUCAGGUCAGCAAGAAGGCAGCUCACAGUUUCAACAGUGAAACGCCCUUAAUUGAUGCCAUGAUUAUGUUUAUGCGCGAGUACAAGGUGAUCGACUCGGCAGUGUCCGUAGAUCAACUGAGGCGCCGAUUGAAGACCGAGGAGCUAGAGCAGUAUGGUGAGCCAUUCACGCCCGAGUUUGUAUAUGAAGCCAUAAGGAAGCUUCCCCGAUUCGCAAGCAUGAGACAUGGCCAUCAACAAGAUGCUGAAGAGUUCCUUGGGUUCCUCCUAGAAGCCCUCCAUGAUGAGUGCACACGGGUUAUGCGGCAUCUUCCUGACGCGUCAAGUGGCAGCACAGCUGGAAACUCUUCUGUUACCACUCCUGCCGCCAACUCACCUACCGACACGAGCGAUAGCAGUGCCUGGCUUGAGGUUGGCAGGAAGCAGCGUGCCGCUGUCACGCGUUCUUCCGGCCACCCCAUUACGUCGUCUCCUAUUACCAAGAUCUUUGGUGGUCAGCUGCGCUCCGAGCUCCGUGUCACGGCUCUCAAGGACUCCGUGACACUUGAGCCCUAUCAGCCCCUACAACUCGAUAUCGAUUCGCCGAACGUGCGAAACAUUGUGGACGCAUUGAAGAAUCUAACUAGAGCUGAGAGAUUGCAGGGAGACUUUGGCUCGCCCAGAGGCCCUGAUGCUGUUGCUCAUAAGCAAGUCUUUAUCGAAUCACUUCCUCCGGUCCUGAUCCUCCACCUCAAGCGCUUCCAGUUCGACGCCAAGGGCGGCACUGUCAAGAUUUGGAAGAAGAUUGGUUACCCCUUGGAGCUGGAGAUUCCUGCCGAAGUCAUCUCGCGCCAGAAGAGGAGCACCCUAUUUGAGAAUGGCAACCCACCCAAGUAUCGAUUGAUCGCUUCUGUGUAUCACCAUGGCAAGAACGCCAGUGGAGGUCAUUACACGGCUGAUGUCCGUCGCCAAGAUGGACGUGAGUGGAUUCGUUUGGAUGACACUGUGAUCCGCCGGGUACGCAGUGAGGAUGUUGCCGAAGGCGGCGCCGAGGAGGACGCCAACAAGCACGCUCGAUCCGAAAACAAGAAGGAGGCCAUUGUGGGCGGAUCUGGUAACAGAUUCGAAGGCAUUGGCGACGACGAUGCCGGUGAAGAAGAAGGUUGGAACAAGGUGAGCGCACCAGCCGGCGGCGCCAAGAAAUGGAGCAGCGUGGUGAACGGAAGCCCAAACCCUGCUGUCCCUGCCCCCAAACCAGUCAAGGACAACAAGGCGGACAACAAGGUCGCCUACCUGUUGUUUUACCAGAGGGUCUAG